AUGGCACGUGCUCGUUUUGUGCGCACCAGCCUUGUUGCCACGCACCUCUCUGUGGGGGCACUUGGUCCACGCCCCGGUGCCCCUGCCGGUACGGACGGUGGUUGCUUCGCGCAGGCGCUGCUGUUACCAUGCCGGUGGAAGGGGGACUACGGCUUCAAUGUGUUCCACAACUCCAAUCCGCAGCACGGCGGCUCGUACGCCCGUCACGAGCGGCGGAUGCGGGACGAAGAGGUGGAGGACUUUCUGAGGAGUGUGAAGGGCUGGGUGGCGGUGGAUGACUGUGUUGCAGGCAGUCGUACUGCGGUUCGCUGCGCCACAUCAUCGAAGGUCGGUGGCUGCAAUAGUGGCGAUAUGCCCCGUGGCGGGGAUGCAGAGGAAGGCCCGGCGCCGCUGACCAUUUUCACUGGGGAGGAGGCCAUAAAGCGCGAGUUUGUGUUUCAGACUUUUCGUGACGCUUACCUUUUCAUGGGUCGGUUUUGGGCCUUCUGCUACGGCAGUGACAAGUACCCGCACGUGACGUGGGAGGGGACGCGGGUGACAGUGUACCUUUACUCCCCAUCAUUCCGUGGCCUCAGCAAGCGUGAGGCCCGCCUUGCCGCCUUUUUGAACGACCAGUACAACAUGUUCAAGAAGAGCAAACGACAGCAGCAGCAGAUCGUGAACGGGGUNGUGAAACAGGCACGAGUGGAGGAGAUGGUGGGGGACCGUGUGGCGGGGGUGUUGCAGCGCCGCGAGGCGGAGCGGCGGCGGCCUCUCGCCGAGAAGGCUGGGAGUCCAACCGCAACAUGGGCGGACCUGAUUCCGGAUAGCUCUGCCGGGGGCAAUCUGCCGUGA